AUGAAUAUCCGAAUUUUAAUCGUUUUUUCCCUUUUAUUUCUCCUAAAAUUUGAUAUUUUAGACAGUACUCAUCAAACAAAGAAAGGCAACAAGUUUUGGGAACCAUGCUUCGAAGAAGAGGAGAAUUUUGCUCAUUGUUCAAGCUCUGAUAAGACGUGUGCGAAAGACUAUCAUUUUAAGCUCGUCCGGUUGCCAGGGAUGCGGGUAAGCGAAACGUGUUUUAUAAUUUACAUUCAUUGAGUCAACAAUUACAGAAAAAAAACUUUCGAUUAUUCUUUUGUAUAAAGUAUCUUUUUUGUCGUUAUAUUUUGCUUCCAUACCCCAUAAACAAUUGGCGGUUCAUGGGAACUGACUAAGGCAAUUACGUGGUUAAACAAAUUAAAAGGGCUUGUAGUUUAAGGCACAAGAGGCUGAAUGAAUGAUAGACCAAAAAUUAUUCUUAUAAUAAUUAACAAUAGUUAAAGAUAGAAAGUUGUAACUCGAGUUUCACACACUAGGCGAUCACAGAGACUGAAUAUAGUAGUGCAUGAGUAACUAGUAUAGGUAGAGUUUAGCUGCAAAUGUAAAAUCCAACUUCAGGACCCUUAGAGAGACUCUGUGUAGAAUAUGUUUUUAUGACGGCACUUCGUGACCAGCUCAGUUCAGAUAAAAUCGAUGAAGUUUGAAACAGUGCGAAUUCACUUUUUAAGUGACGUUUUCGGUUUGUUCUCAUCCAGAAAUUUGGCUACCAUGGCAACGUGACGUAACGACUUCUCCUCUCUCUAUAUAAUUAUAUUACAGACGGGUCACGUGAGUUGGUUGGAACUAGAAAAGGGAAAAAAGUACAAAUUAAUCACAAGAGCAAUGAGGCCUUUGUUAUUUGGUAAGUUGCUUUCAUCUCAUUGCCAUUUAAUUGAAACUGAAGCAGGAGAACGAGAUACGAAUUUUAUAGCCUAAUUUUGCAUAGUAGCAAACUUAAAGCAGGGUCUGCAAAAAUGUUCCUCUUCCCCGCUCAUUGUCAGUCCUCUUUAAAAAAACAAUAAAGCAAUCAGGAAUUGAGAAUAUCUUUCCAUAAAAUUCAACGCUAUCUUAUAAUCGCCAGCAGUGUCGACAAAAUAUUCCCCUUUUUGUUGCAGAGAUUCCAUCUUUUUUGUCUGACGAAGAGUGCGACCAUAUUAUAUCACUUGCAAAGAAAAUAGGCCUCUAUCCCAGUGUUAUAUCACGUGAUCAGUUCCGCAAAAAGGAGUUAGAAAAGGCUAUGCAAGAAGCUGGUACGUACUCCUAGCAUAGGUAAAUUGAGCAUUAUAUAUGAAGUGAAUAAAUUAAAUGUGGUCCUGUCUGUAACUACGCUGAGUUUGAUAACUACGCUGAGUUUGAUAAAGUGAAUUUAUGACUGUCGCCGUUAAAAAAUUGAAAAGCUUCACGUUUCAAGCGCUACGGGGGCAUCCAACGACCUUUUUCGGUAAAAUAACUGUUCGAAGUUGCAAAUAUUGGCUAAAGAUUUCUGAGUAACCAUUCACCAUUCUAUUCGUCUAUGAUAUUCGGAGUAUUUCUACUAAUUUACUUAAGAUUUUCCGAGGUUGCGUUCUUCACAUUUUAUUACCAAGAUACUGCGAUUAUUGUUAAAAAUAGGUCUCCUGAAAAUUUCGGUAUAAAGUGAAAGGCAAAACGCUUCCUGAAAUUUUCUUUUAAAUGUAUGUAUGGCUAUUCCCUGACCUCGAACUUUCGACCGUACCCAACAGGGUAGUCAACAGUCUCUGAUGAAAAGAAAAAGCCAACCGAAGCUUUCGAGACGGAUAAAGUUUUUUGUAGCUUCAAAUUAACCAAACAGCGGGCUUAAUGCAUAGAAAAAACCAUUUAAGAGACUUCUGACAUAUUUGGAAACAUUUGGUCGUUGGGUGCCCCUAACGCUUACAGCUUCGUCAGAGGGAAUCGCUGUGACAUAGAAUACUUAGUGUUUUUCUUUUUUCGAACGAAGGACGUUUUAAAAAAUGACGUUUAAGUUUCAGCAAUAAAACAAUCAACGUUCAAGAAUGGUUUUCAGCUGAGUGUAGUAUAUGAGCUAAAACGUACCAAGCUAAUUAUUUUAGCCAAUCCCGAUACUAGCAGAUAAUAGGACGAAUUCGAAAUGAUCAGAAAAAGCAGCAAAACAUGAACAUGUAGCUGAUUGGAAGAGGUUUUUGUUAUCGACUAAUGGCUUUUUUUUUUUUUCUGCCCUUCAUUAAGCUCGCUUUUAUCAGUAUGAAAGCCAACGGUCAGGUUAGGGUUAGGGUUAAACCAAAAACUCAACUAGUAUGACUGCAACUUUUGUUUGUUUUAAGACAGCAACGCAACCCUUGACGCCAAAGACAGUGUUGCUCAAGAUUUCAACACAUGGGAUAUUGAUAAAGAUGGUUUUAUUGAUAAUCUAGAGGUAGGCAGCUCAUUUAAUCGUUUUGUUCUUUCAACAAAUCCAAAAUUUAAAUGGAUUUGCUUUUGCCAGAGCUUUGAUCCGCAGAAUGUUAGUUUUCAUAAAACUGAAAGUCGCUGGAGUUGUGUGCUGGAUAUCUAAAUUGAAAUUUGUUUAUGGCUACGAAAUAUUCUCAUAAACGAGCACAUCCUUUAGAUGAAGAAAUUAUGCCCGUGAACUGGGCUUUUUUUUUUCACGGCCCGGCCAUUCCGCAGCGUUUAAUUCGAUUAUUGAUUAGUUACAGUCGAUUAUCUCUUAACAGACACCUGUUAAGAUAGACACCUCUGUAAGACAGACACCAAGAGUUGGUCCCUGUCUUUAAUUUACUCCCUUUAUUUGACUCUCUAAAACGGACACUUGGUGUCGGUCCCAAAGGUGUCGGUCUUAGAGAGAGUUGACUGUAUUCUAUUUCCAAAACUAUAUCUUACGGCUUACGGCAGUUAGCCCCCCUCCAACCCCACCCCACCCCCAUCUCCACCCGGGCGGACACAUCAGUCUUCAGCAACACCAUCCGGUAAACAUCUUUGUCAGAUUCUCAAAGCAUGCAUUUUCACUGAAUUAUGAACUUACCAAUUAAGUACACUUUUCGAUGUUUAUAUGCACACUUUUUGAUUGUUUUUUUAUUGUUAUUAUAAUUAUUAUUAAUAUUUCUUUACAAUCGAUAUCUCUUUUACAGAUUAAAAUAUUUGCCGAAAGGUAUAAAGCAUUGCGCUUAACAGACGAAGAAGUGAAUGAAAUGUAAGCACUGACCCAAAUUAAUCUUGACUAAAUCUGUUGUUUAAAAAUAAUGGUAAUUAAGUCUGUUUGAAAUAACGUUAACGUCCUCUCCUUGAAAGGUUAAGGCGUACCGCAAUGGCUGAUUACCUAACAGAAGGUAGGAUAAACUUGUCUGUAUUUUUUGUAGUCACAGUAAUUCAUAAUUUAGUAACUUUUAAAUGCAAACGCAAACAACUAAAUUUGGAUUUAUUCGAAAAUGUAAUUUUUUAUCAACAUUUUAUAAUUAAUAAAAAUCUUAGGAUGUGAAUUAAAGUAUUCAAACACAGUCGAUGCAACGGUUACUUUAAAAUCUGUAGCUUAGGAUACGAAAUCUUAAGUUCAUUAUACACUGUAAGGCUGCGUUGACAAACUUGGUGUUUCACCGCUUUAUGUGUUUUUGUCAGUAUAACAUGAUAAACAAUUUUCAAUUCUCGUUGUCUCUAGGAAAGGUAUCGUCUACACUUUUUCGUCAAUGGAACUUGAAGAAAGUUCUUUCGUAUAUGGCUUACUUGAAAAAAACAAGUCCUCAGCAUAGUUUUCGCUUUAGUGAUCAAGCCUGGUUAAGGCAAGACAGAACAGCUGAUCAUGUAUUAAGGCGGCUUCAUGAAAGGUAGGUGCAGUUCAACUUCAGUUAUUUUGUUCGAGAGGAAGGAAUUGGUGGACACAUUUUGUCGAGAGCAGCAAAGUUAAGAGAUAUGCAGUUUUAUUAUUGUGGAGUUCCGAUUGAUCAAACCUUAAAUUCACGAGCUUCCUUAUAAUCUGUGCCAAAACUAACUUCAAUUCCCUUCUCAAGGCUGAUAAUAUUAGCUCUUAAGAUUCGACAACGGCAACGAGAACUUGCAUCACGCACGACUACGACAUGAAAUUGCCUAGUUUCACGAUUAAGGGAGGAAGUACACAGGCGACGACGAAAUUUCUUCUCUUUUUCUGAACUUGGAUAUGGUUCUUAGGGAUUCAACUUUAGCAGGUUUAACCUACGUUUGACAAAGUUAGUGACUUGGAGUAAUUGCGAUGAAGAUUGAAAGAACGCGAAUUCACUUUUUCAGCGACGCUUUUAUUGCUGCCAUCGCCGUUCCUGGAUCUUGAGGUCCCUAAUUUAUCCGGAGUGUUCUAAACCUUCAAAUUUUGUUUUCCAACCUAGUUCGAAACAUUGCCAUAAAAAUGCGUUUUUAUUAAUCUAAUUGGACUCCUUUUCUAUAAAUCUAAGUUUUAAGCAAAAUCGUCUUGUUUUAUUCAAAUUUAUGACAUGAAUGUACAUGGCAGUACAAGUAUGCUCGGCAUAUAUUUUAUCCUGCUCUUUGAUAUGUAAUUGGUAUCAUAAUAAGGCCUAAAAGAUGGCUCAUUGAUUUCAGAAUUAUCAAGUUGACAAAACUCCCAAGAAAAAUAAUUCAAGGAAGCGAAGACAUGCAGGUAAAAAUCAUAGUUAAAAUAUUAGCGGAGCUCAGUAGCUAAGAAAAUUUGAUUAUCUAUUCAUUCGGAAAUUUUUGCAGGCACGUGACAUACCACAGGGAAACCAAACCACACGUUCUAGCUAGUAGUGUGGAAGCCUGCAAUGUGAUAUUGCACAUCCAUGUUGUGGUCAAUUGACAGCUGUCAAAACAGGGUAUCCGUUGACCAGUAUCACAUGACCAUAUCGCCCAAAGAGGUUACGUGUUUUUUUGAAGUCCUCCGCUGAUAAGUUACUAGUUUUCAACUGAUCGCAGGCUCAACUCUUUGAGGAUUUCUUUGCAAUGGUUCAUGUUUGUUUUUUGGAAGUUAAUUAUAAAUUUGUUUACAGGAGCUUCGCCUUUAGUCCCUUCGCCCUUAGCCUUUGGUCCUCUUCAUUAGCAUGCGUUUUAUGUGAAUAACACUGAUUAUUGUGGUUAUUUCNCACGUGACAUACCACAGGGAAACCAAACCACACGUUCUAGCUAGUAGUGUGGAAGCCUGCAAUGUGAUAUUGCACAUCCAUGUUGUGGUCAAUUGACAGCUGUCAAAACAGGGUAUCCGUUGACCAGUAUCACAUGACCAUAUCGCCCAAAGAGGUUACGUGUUUUUUUGAAGUCCUCCGCUGAUAAGUUACUAGUUUUCAACUGAUCGCAGGCUCAACUCUUUGAGGAUUUCUUUGCAAUGGUUCAUGUUUGUUUUUUGGAAGUUAAUUAUAAAUUUGUUUACAGGAGCUUCGCCUUUAGUCCCUUCGCCCUUAGCCUUUGGUCCUCUUCAUUAGCAUGCGUUUUAUGUGAAUAACACUGAUUAUUGUGGUUAUUUCACUAAAAGAGAGUAUGUACCUUAUUCAGGUCGUUCGCUAUCAAGCAUUUGGUCAUUAUCAUGCCCACUUUGAUUCCGGCCUGGAACUUAACAUCCCAUGUUGUCAUCAAAACCCUUCGUUAAGGCCUCCACAAUGCCGCAUUUGUAGGUAAGUUCAACCUACAAGCAGUUAAGAAAAGUACAUGAACUCCGUUUCCAGAGAAAUUCACUUCUAAGCACAACACAACUGAAUUUGCCCGUGCAAUGCAAUUUAGCAUUUUGGCUUAAUCCGCCGGUAAGCCCUAACCGUUUAUGCCACAGGGCACUCCGCCAGGUCAGUCAUAUACAAUAUAGUACGUUCCAGAACCAGAAUCAUGCUUCUCAUUAAGUGGAAAAGAGGUUGCAGAUAGAUAGAUAGGAUGAAGAUAAAAAUCUAGAACACGCCUUGGAUUCAGGAUACCAGGCACUGGAUUCCAGUCUUUCUCAGUAGAACCUGGAAUCAAAGAGUCAAUUCCUGUCGUGGACUCAGAUUUUUUUCUUUGUCUCCUGUUCGUAACUUGUUGAUCACAUCAUUUCUCAACAUGAUAUUGUUGCAGAAACCAAAUAACCAUCCGGCGGCAGGGAUAAAUGCACUAAAUGGUUGAUGCUCUAUUUGGCGUACGGAACAUGUAGCCAUAAAAUCAUCAAAGACAGUUUCCUCAAUUUUGUUACUCAAUAAACAGUUAGGAAAUCGUAUUUUUGUCUCGAAUAUUCUGUGGGCAUGAGGUACACGUAAUCACCAAGAAGGAAAAGAGCAAAUGAUUACAUUAUUAAGAAAACUCAAUAUCCGAAGCCUGUGUUUUGUACGUUUUCCCUUGCUAACUCUCAAAAACUAUUGCUAUUAAAACCCCGCUGGUUACCACUCUUACGUCAACAUUCACAUAUUUGAGUGGGAAAGUCAAACCUCUAAGAGAUGAAUCACUACAGGCAGCUUGAAAUGUUUCAAAGAUAUAUUACAGAUGCAUUCUAAUGAGGCUGAUAAAUCUGUAUUUGCAGGUUCAUUACGAUUCUCUAUUACCUCAAUGACGUCGAGCAGGGAGGAGAAACAGCAUUUCCAGUGGCUGACAAUUUCACAGUGAAAUGGAAGGUAGGAGAUUCUUAUAUUGNUCACAUCAUUUCUCAACAUGAUAUUGUUGCAGAAACCAAAUAACCAUCCGGCGGCAGGGAUAAAUGCACUAAAUGGUUGAUGCUCUAUUUGGCGUACGGAACAUGUAGCCAUAAAAUCAUCAAAGACAGUUUCCUCAAUUUUGUUACUCAAUAAACAGUUAGGAAAUCGUAUUUUUGUCUCGAAUAUUCUGUGGGCAUGAGGUACACGUAAUCACCAAGAAGGAAAAGAGCAAAUGAUUACAUUAUUAAGAAAACUCAAUAUCCGAAGCCUGUGUUUUGUACGUUUUCCCUUGCUAACUCUCAAAAACUAUUGCUAUUAAAACCCCGCUGGUUACCACUCUUACGUCAACAUUCACAUAUUUGAGUGGGAAAGUCAAACCUCUAAGAGAUGAAUCACUACAGGCAGCUUGAAAUGUUUCAAAGAUAUAUUACAGAUGCAUUCUAAUGAGGCUGAUAAAUCUGUAUUUGCAGGUUCAUUACGAUUCUCUAUUACCUCAAUGACGUCGAGCAGGGAGGAGAAACAGCAUUUCCAGUGGCUGACAAUUUCACAGUGAAAUGGAAGGUAGGAGAUUCUUAUAUUGCCCGGCAAUCCCUUGUAAAUGUCCAAGGUGAAGAAAAUUGUUAGUGGUUUGCUGUCUACUAGAAUAUUUGUAAUAUUGGAACACACGGAACCGAAAUUUCUGCCCAGCCCGUAGGUUUGACUUGUUAAUGUUUAACUAAUCAGUGUGCAAAUUAUACUCACGUAACAAAAUACGGUGUAAAUUUUGUCAGCACUCGUGUUUACUAGAGUUUAACAGAUAUUCGCAGUAACUGUCACUCAUAGGUCCGUGGGCGUAAAGAAGAAGUGUUCUAACUGCAAUUGCAAUGAACAAUAAAGAAAUAACAUUCACGAUUUCAUGUCAUGCGGCCUACAGUAUCUCAAUUUGUUCGCUUUUUAUUUCCUCCUAGGACCUUGAAAAUGCAGAAGCGGUUGAAUAUAAUCUGAGUAUAAACUGUCACACAGCCAACUUGGUUAUUCCUCCCAAGAAAGGCACCGCUAUCAUGUGGUACAACAACUUCAUCGACCCGAAGAGCGGUCUUCUUGGAAAGCUGGACCGAAACUCGUUGCAUGGUGGAUGUGAUGUAAUCAAGGGGGAGAAGUGGAUAGCUAACAACUGGCUGACAGCACCUACUGAGGACUCUAAAUACCUUAAAAGUUCUUAUGAUGUUGGAUUCAGCGACUAA